CUUCAUCUCUUAAAACACACAGACACAAAUAACACAAAACCCUUCUCACUCUCUCUCAAUGUUUCCUCUUAUUUAUUUCUGUUCUUUCCUCUCUCUCUUCCUCCUCCCACCGGCGAAUCUCGCCGCCGUGAGUAACGACAGAAAGUACCUAAAGCUUCCAUUACUACGCAAAUCUCCGUUUCCUUCUCCAACACAAGCUCUAGCACUAGACACUCGCCGUCUCCAUUUUCUCUCUCUCCGUCGAAAACCCAUCCCAUUCGUCAAAUCUCCGGUUGUCUCCGGCGCAUCUUCCGGGUCGGGUCAAUACUUUGUGGAUCUUCGAAUCGGACAACCGCCUCAAUCGUUACUUCUAAUCGCCGACACAGGAAGUGAUCUCGUUUGGGUAAAAUGUUCAGCUUGCCGGAACUGUUCUCAUCAUUCUCCGGCCACCGUCUUCUUCCCACGCCACUCCUCAACAUUCUCUCCCGCUCAUUGCUACGACCCGGUUUGUCGUUUAGUACCUAAACCGGGUCGGGCUCCAAAAUGUAACCAUACCCGGAUCCAUUCCACGUGUCAUUACGAGUAUGGUUACGCAGACGGUUCAUUAACUUCCGGUUUAUUCGCUAGAGAAACGACGUCGUUGAAAACAAGCUCUGGUAAAGAAGCCAAGUUAAAAAGCGUUGCUUUCGGAUGCGGGUUUCGGAUCUCGGGUCAAUCCGUAUCGGGUACGAGUUUUAAUGGAGCCAAUGGAGUAAUGGGCUUGGGCCGUGGGCCUAUUUCUUUUGCUUCUCAGUUGGGCCGUCGUUUUGGUAACAAGUUUUCUUAUUGCUUAAUGGAUUACACUCUCUCUCCGCCGCCGACGAGUUAUCUCAUCAUCGGAGACGGCGGCGACGCCGUUUCAGUUUCAAAGCUUUUCUUCACUCCGUUGCUCACGAAUCCGUUAUCGCCGACUUUUUACUACGUUAAAUUGAAAUCUGUCUUCGUUAACGGUGCGAAAUUACGGAUCGAUCCUUCAAUUUGGGAAAUCGACGAUUCAGGUAACGGCGGAACCGUCGUGGAUUCCGGUACAACCUUAGCGUUUUUAGCUGAUCCGGCUUAUCGUUUGGUUAUCGCCGCCGUGAAACAACGGAUGAAGCUCCCGAACGCCGAUGAGCUGACUCCGGGGUUUGAUUUAUGCGUUAACGUCUCCGGCGUUACGAAACCGGAAAAGAUCUUGCCGAGGUUGAAAUUCGAAUUCUCCGGUGGUGCUGUGUUUGUUCCGCCGCCGAGGAAUUACUUUAUUGAGACGGAGGAGCAGAUUCAGUGUUUGGCGAUUCAAUCGGUGAAUCCGAAAGUUGGAUUCUCGGUGAUCGGGAAUUUGAUGCAACAAGGUUUCUUGUUUGAAUUCGAUAGAGAUAGAUCACGGUUAGGUUUUUCUCGCCGUGGUUGUGCUUUACCGUGAUGGAUUUUGUCACCGGAAUAUUCCGUUUCGAUUCGCUUAAAGAUUCUUUUUUAUUGUUUUUUUUUGCCAUUUUUUCUUUUCUCUUGGAAGUACGGAAUUUGGGUGACGGUUCACUGUUCCCGAAAAUAGAAAUAAAAUAAUCUUUUUGGA